CUGUUUUCUGUAAUUCUGUUUCAUUUUUUUUGCUGCCUAUUUCAACAUUCUACAUCUUUUUACCAUCGGGAACUGGAAACGAUUAUCAUAAUGUAUGUCUACGCUGUGUGACCUUAAAUUAUAUUGAGUAUUUUGCAAAUAAUAACCACAGUGAAUCCUUGUGAAAUAGCGACAGUGUGUGAAACUGAACGCUAUGCUUAGAUGAACGAGAUUCUAUUGAUUAUAAACCCCAUUGAAAUUGUAAAAUGGAAAUUCCGCCACCUUUUCACCAACUUCCAGCUGAUCCAAAAUUUGUUGACCAAAUUGUAAAUCAAAUCAAGUCUCAAGGAACAUUUGACCAGUGGCGACGAGAAUGUUUAGCUGACGUAGACACAAAGCCAGCCUAUCAAAAUCUAACUUUUCGUGUUGACAGUGCUGUUGCUGCCUUUUUGAGUAAACAGCGAUGGAGACCAGAUAUGGCAAAGAACCAAAUGCGAGAAAAUUUGAGAAAGCAUAUCCUAGAGCUGGGAUUGAUUGACAAAGGAGUAGACAGAAUUGUUCAGCAGGUAGUCCAGCCCAAGGUGCUCCCAGUAUUUCAUCCAGCAGUAGAGAGUGCCAUUUACAACUUUCUUGGCAUAAAAAAUCCUCGAGCUGGAAUCAGCAACAAGGUGGUAGACACCAACUCCACCACUAGUUCGCCUAGAAAAGCCUUCCGUCCAAUGCCUGUCUCCAUCCCCUCUCGAGAUAAAGAGGACUGCACACCACCCCCUGGAGAAGAAUUUGAUUUGGAAGCUAUAACACCAUCGCCGGAGCCUAGAUGUGGCUCCAGCUUAAAGAAAGAUCAUGUUGAGGGUAUGAGUGACGUCAGCAUGGAAGACAGUCGACCAGCAGCAGAGGUUGGCCUGGAACGUAUCUGCAGCCCAAUAUCUCCACAAAGUAGCAGGGAGAGUGUCAAAACAGAGAACGUCGAAGCAGCCGCACCGAAUCGCGUGGGUUCAGCGCUCUCAGCAAUCAGCUCUGGUGAUGAUCUGCCAUCCGAAUCGCCCGCUGUAGGCUCACCAGUGACUUCCGAUGAGUUCCAUGAUAAUAAUAACCCCACAGAACACCAGCCACGAGAUUCUCCGGAGAGUAGCAUUGAAAAUGAUGACGACAUGGAAGAAGAUGAUGAAGAUGAUUUUUCUAGCCCCGAAUUUGAGAAGUUAGAAAUUGCCGCACCAACCAGCCGUACUGUAACACCUGUACCAGGGGAAGAAGAGCCAGAAGAUAAAUGUGAAGACGACGCUCCAGUGGACGACCACUUUGCAUGGCGGCCAAAAGCAAGUAGCCGUGAUCCUGAUCGGAAGCGUGAUGAAGAUCCCGAUAAUUUAGGAUCUAAAAAAGCAGGAGACGCAGCAACAAACGGUAGUGCUUCAAGAGAUCAAACAUCUGAAAGCGGGAGUCAGCUAACAGGAGAAAUGGUCAAAUCCGACUCUGGGAAACCUACAGCAAAAAAAGCGUCAACAGUGACUGCAGAAUCUCUUGAUGCGGAAGAAAUUCUAGGAGAUAAAACGAUUGAUGCGUCUGUUUCAUCUUCUACUAAAGAACGAAGUCGCUCAAGAUUGGAAUCACACAAAUCGGACCGUCGCGACAAAUCUCACAAAGAUAAAGAUAGGAACAAGGAUCGCGAUCGGGACCGGCAAAGAGAUCGAGAAAAAAGACGUGAACGCGAAAAAAAGGAGGAAGCUGACCGACGGAGCAAAUCACACCACUCCAAAUCCGAACACAGAGAUCGUGAUUCGAGGAGAAAAUCUUCCUCCCACCGUGAUAAAGAUCGCGAUAGGCAUAAGGAAAAAGAACGUGAUCGCAAUCGUUCAAAAUCAAGUCACGAGGUCGAUCGAUACCGAUCGAGCUCGCAAAAAGAUAAGGGGAAAAAACCAAGUAGUCAAGCGGUAGAGAAGAGCCAGAAAGAGCCGCCCAUUUCCCCACUGCCUACAUUUCAUCCGAAGGCCUACCUGUGGAAACGACCAACUGAGAAACCUAAAGCCCUGUGGGAUUAUUUAGCUCGAUUUCCUGAAGAAUUUUUUGACGAAUCCAACGACUCCCGUGCUGGAUUGUCUGACGUUUCCGUCUCUUCUGUAUCAUCAUAUGAAGAUUCGGAUUGUGAAUCCACUAUCCUCUAUUUAUCAGAAAUCGAAAUUGAUUCAGAUGUGGAAGAGGCUGUGGUUCAGUCAGGUGGACGGGUUAUCUAUCAAUAUGCACCAGGUAUGGAGGAAGCCAAAGGUAAUGUGGAAUUGAAUGGUUUGUCAGCCACAGAUGAGUUCCCUCGAUCUGAACCGUAUUUGAGAGACCAGCAGUUGAACAUCAAUAAUAACAAACGAGUGCGAAAGCUUAAUACUCGAUAUAACGACAGCUACGUUGGUUCUGAAUUGCGUAAGAUCAUCACAACGCAAAAUUCAAUAGACCAUUCCCAAAGUAGCCCACAAUUCAAUAAUAAUAGUAAAUCCCAACCAAGAGAAAACCAGGAAAAUUGUAUUCGAGUUUCAUCACCGGAAGAAAUUCAGGAAACAGAAGAUGUGAUUCAAUACCAACCUUCUGACGCCAAGCGGCUCAAAACUGAUCAGCCUCCUCCAUCAAGUCCGGAGAGCGUCCAGUCAGAUUUGACUCACCUUCCACACGCCCAACCUUCCACUCCACCUGUCGCUGAUCUCCAAUUGGCUGCGGAAGAGGAUACCUGCAAAGAUAAUACGUCGCCUAAUGGCCGCAGGAGAUCCGCGACGUUAAAGCAACCGCAACAGCGUUACGAUGAUACCGAUUUGUACAAACCACGCCCAGUCAUCACACCAAGCAGCCGCCGUUCCCGUCGCAUAGAUGAUUCCUGAUGGCCUGAAAAUCAACGUAGGAUUAUCAGUUACCAUCGUGCUAUCGUCUUUACGGAUCAUUUUUCCAUUCGUAUGUCUACUCAAAGGAACCUCUGUUGAAGUCUUAUUUCAUGAAAGUUAAAAAGUAUUUCAUCAAUAAAUUUUCUUUUUAU